CCCGUGGUUCACAUGACGACUCGAAAGCACGGAGGGACUACAUGUAGGUUGUGUAUACACCGAGUCAAGCCACACAAUCACGCUUAUACCUAUGACUGACAUUACAGGUAUAUUAUCAGGAUUCGAUAAGACACUUGUGGCCCAGUUAGGACUGAGUUAACACUGUUCGAGUGGUGCAUUGUAUAAGAAUAAAGGUCAAUAGUGGCAACGCUAAGGACGGACUGGGGUGAUUGCGGUCGUCUUCGAGGCCCAUACAGAAAAAUGCUCGCCUGAGCUUAUUAAGCUAAAUAGCUAACAAUGAAUUGCAUAAUGAAUAAGAAGUAUAUUCAGAACUGAUGCCGAUAGCAAUAUACAGGUAGAUUGACCUACAUAUGACUAGAUAUAAUAGAGUGAUCGCUUAUAAAGCUUCGAUGUAACUGUUGUAUUCGAAUUUUCCUUCGGUGUGCCCAUGAUGACAAACUACAGAGUUGCUGCCACAGUGUUGAUUAUCAUCGUAGCAUACUUACUGGGAGAGCGACCAGGUACCAAAUAUUCCACUUGGCAGUUGACGUUAGACCUGGAAAAUGCUCAGCAGAACUUUGUCAUCUGGGACAAGACAAAACAGGACCUUCUUAUCUCAGGGCAGCUAGGCAUGGGGCUGAAUUUACUGGGAUCGAGGUACCAAUGCAGUGGACAGAGGUCCGAUUCGAUUUGUAUAGAGUGGCCAGGAUUGGCCAAACUGAUCAUUGAGAGGAAAAAGUAUGAUGCUGAUGAUGAGUGCUACGACAUUGUCUGGCAAUCUCUGUCGGCAAAAGUGGCACCCAAAGACUGCUUCGAUACUAAGGACACUCACUGGUACGGAGGACCAGAGAUAUUUGCCCAACAAUGGCCCAUAGAAGGUGCCCCGAUGAAUCUCCAACAAUACGUAAGUGGAGAUUAUGUGGACAAGCCUCAUGUCUUUGGCUCUGUCUUGGAAAACUAUUGGCUUUCAUCCCGAGGUGCUGGAAUCCAUGUUGCUGAAUCUGUCCCUUUGCAUUAUGGGAUAAACAGCGAGAAACUGUGUCUGAAAGCAGACUAUAGAGCCUCCAUAUUUCCCAGAAGUUCCCAGAACGUUUUGCCUCGACUGAAUUACUCAAUUUGUCGUGCUGGGAAUAAUCUUCGAGACACCCACCAUUUCAUGUCAUCGGGGCUCUUUAGCAAACCUAAAGACAUCCCCGAUGAAUUAAUGUUCCGUUCUCCCAUCUGGUCGACUUGGGCAAGAUACAAGAUAAACAUUGAUCAAUCAGUUAUCCUCAAAUUUGCAAACGAAAUCAAGGACCAUGGAUUCAGCAACAGCCAAAUAGAAAUCGACGACAUCUACACCAUCAAUUAUGGCGAUUUUAUAUUUGACACUGUCAGAUUUAGCCAGGCACGCCAGAUGCUGAGGGAGCUACACGCCAUGGGUUUCCGUGUGACUUCAUGGGUUCACCCUUUCAGUAAUCUGGACUCCUCGGCAUUUCAGGAAGGCCUUAAACAAGGUUAUUUUGUGAAAGACCCUGGAGGAAAAAUGCCAGGUUUGGUUCAAUGGUGGCAGGGCACUGGCGCUAUUGUGGACAGCACCAACCAUAAGGCCGUAACAUGGUGGACUGAACGCCUUAAAGCCAUGCAAUCUCUAGGCAUAGACUCCUUUAAAUUUGAUGCAGGGGAGGCAUGUUAUCUCCCUGCCAGUUUUCACACAAUAUUCCCACUGAUGAACCCAGGGCAGUUCACCACAGCCUACGUUAAUAUGGUGGCCCACUUUGGGAGACAAAUUGAGGUAAGGGCUGGUUUCCAGUCGCAGCAGCACCCAAUCUUUGUACGAAUGCUAGACAAACACUCUACUUGGGACUACAACAAUGGUUUGAAGACUAUGAUCCCUACUGCUUUGCAGUUCAGUUUACUAGGCUACCAUUUCAUUCUACCAGAUAUGAUAGGGGGGAAUGCAUACGACUUUAAUGCCACAGCGGAAACGGUUGGCAACACCGCUCUCUUGCACACCGAAACCCUCCCCGAGAGAGAACUCUACAUUCGCUGGUUACAACUAAGUGCAUUCUUUCCCUCAAUGCAAUUCUCUAUAGUUCCGUGGCAAUACGACGAUGGGGUCGUUGAAAUUGCAAAAGCAUUUGUGAAACUCCAUGAAGACUACAUAACACCUAUAAUUUUAAGGCUUGCUAGACAGGCAACGCAAACAGGUGACCCCAUUCUGAGGCCUCUUUGGUGGGUAGCACCAAAUGAUGCCAUCACGCACACCAUCGACAAUCAGUUUCUUAUAGGAGACAGUAUUUUGGUUGCCCCGGUGCUAGAAAAGGGGGCAACAGCAAGAGACAUUUACCUUCCAGAAGGCAACUGGGUUGAUAAACUCAGAGGGGAGAGGUACAGAGGAGGCCAAUGGCUCCACAAUGUUCAAGCUGAUAUUAAAGAAUGUCCUUAUUUUGAGAAGUCUCCAGAUCCUUAAUUGCCAAGAGACGAAUAACACCACCUUGUCCUCAAGCAUAACUUAAAGGGAUAAUAACUCUUCGUUUUGGCAAAAAAAAA